AUCGCAUCGCUCAACGAGAGUUCUUCUUGGAUCGUGGACUCGAUCGAAUACUCGAUCGCGGCGCCACACAUUGCCCACGCCGCGCCGACUAGCUAGCUACCAGCCUAGCUACCACCAACGACUACCACACCACUGCACUUCGUCCCACUGCUCGGCCCGAUCACGAUCGAUCCAGUGAAGAUGCCGCCAGCUCCCAGCCCCGGCGCACACGGCGCCAGCGGCGCGGCGACGCCGCCCAGCAAGCCGCAGAGCCCGCUGCGCAUCACGCACGACGGCGAGUUCUACGCGCGCCUGCUCACCAGGGAGAGCUCGCUGGGCAACCCCUCCUUCCGCUACUACGGCGCGGGCACCGGCGCCGUGCCGUUCGUGUGGGAGUCCCAGCCGGGGACGCCCAAGGACGCCUACUCCUGCCGGAUGCUGGCCACCGCCGCCGCCGGGGUCGGGCCGGUCAUCACCCCGCCGCCCUCCUACUACCUCCACGGCGUGCCGCUCGGGCGUGCCAACCGGCGCCACGGCAAGACGACCGGCGGGUACAAGUACAAGCAGCUCAAGUGGGUCAAGCUCAGCUUCAUCGCCACCGUCUUCCGCCGCCUUGCCUUCGGUAAUAAGUCGCGGCCCUCGUCGGCGGCGGCGGCGGCGGUCAAGUCCUCGUCCUCGUCCUCGUCCUCAUCGUCCUCUGCUCGCUGGCUCUUCUCCGGCUCCAGCGCCGCCGAGGCCCGUGACCAGGAGUGCUGCGGCUACGACGAUCCUGCGGCUGCUGAGCCGCGGACGAAGGGGGCGGUGCUGUGCCUCGGCAUCCGGGCGACCCCGUGGAUGGUGCAGUUCUGCGGCGGCCAGAGGGAGCAGGCUGGCUGGGUGUACGGCUGGCGCCCGUAGUCGUCGUCCGGUCGCUGUCGACCAAAUCAUAUGUGCAACGGCCGGUCCGUGUCCGUGCAUGCAGUGUGAUUGGCCGGACGCCCGGACCCGACCUUUAUAUUGGAUCUAAUUGUUCGUGCAUAUGGAUGUUCCUGUGUUUGAUCCAGUGUCCGUCACCGUGCUCGGAAACAAGAUAAGAUAAAAGCUGUUUCGGGGUGGCGUGAGCGUGACUGGCGUCGUGUUGCUAUGCCCAUAUAUAUAUGUAUACAUGUAUCUUGCACCUCCCCCGAA